AUACCCCAAAUUAUGUGUAUCAAAACUAAAAAGAAAAGAAAAACCCUAGGACGACGACCAGAUUUUCCAGAGCGUCCUUUGUCAACAGCACUUCGAAGAAGCAAGGAGUUGCCGGGAAGAGCACGUAAUUAUCAUUAUUGCUCUCCCUAAUGGCCAUGGUUCCCUAUUUGUGGAAUUAGUUGCUUGAAGCCGAAACAGUUACUUCUAACAUAUCUUGGCUAGAAAACAGAGUGCAGUGUAGAAAUUUAGCAUUACAUUUCGUGCAAUGGAGGAACUCAGCAACAUGCUUUGCGAUGGCAAAGAAAACAAAGAAGCUUCUCAACUAACUGCAUUGCUAAAGGAAAUGAAGGAAGGAUUGGACACAGUCACAAAUAAAGUUCAGGCUUUAACUGCCAAGGUAAAAUCAAACCAGCUUCCGACAUCAGAUGGGAUAAGCUAUCUUGAUGCCAAAUAUUUAUUACUUCUAAAUUAUUGCUCUUCACUUGUAUACUAUUUGCUCCGCAAAGCCAAGGGGUUCUCAAUUGAGGGCCAUCCUGUUGUCAGGAGUCUUGUAGAGAUGAGAUUAUUUCUUGAGAAGAUUCGACCUAUUGAUAAGAAGCUUGAGUACCAGAUUCAGAAGCUAACAAAAGUUUCUGUUGUGUCAAAAGAGAAUGCGUUCAUGGACGAAAAGGAUUCAGCUACACCUCAGGCUAUGGAUGAUCGAUUAAAAUAUCGUCCAAACCCUGACAUGCUUGUCAGUAAAGCAGAAGGAACUGCUGAGGAUGGAGAUGGUAUAUAUCGUCCACCAAAGUUUGCCCCUACUUCUAUGGAAGAAGAUAAGAAGUCUAGGAAGGAAAGAAAUUCCUUGAGAAGGGAUUUAGAGACACUCCGACGAGCUAGACAAAAUGAUUAUAUGAGAGAGCUGAUGGAUGACAUGGCUGGGAAACCUGAAGAGAUUAAAGAAACCGUUGGACUGGAAAAUAGAGAAGUUGCUAGAUAUGUGGCAAGAAUGGAGGAACGUGACCGAAGAGAAGAGGAGCUUUUCACUCGUGCACCGCUUACAAAGAUGGAGAAAAAGAGAGAAAAAUACUUAAAGAAGUCAAGAUAUGGGAUGGGUGGUGUAACUGAUAGUUUCUAUGAAGAAGUAAAAUCCUUGCCCUUGGAAGGUGCCGAUGGUGAGCGACCGACAGAUUUCAGUAAUGGUGGUGGCAGAAUGAGAAAUCAUAAGAAACGCAAGGUUAGGCAUUGAAGAUCAGGUGAUCAUCAGGAUGAUGGGAAAUACUUGGGCCAAAAUUGUAUGUCGAUGUGAAAAAUCCUAUAUCUUUGGAUGAAAUUUAUAUUAUUAAGAGGUUCUCUAAUUGCUAAUGAAAGUUUACAAAUGACCACAUUUUUCAUGUCAAAUUGUUUAACUUUUAAUGACAUUGCACGGCUCGAAUUAUGUACCUUCAUCAUUAAGUGAGGAUAUUCAAUAGGUUUUAGAUCUUUCUUCCCU